AUUAGUUCGGCUCGUACCUUUGCACCCUGCGGUUUUCAUUCAGUUCUCUUUCAUUAAAAUAUCAGUCGUUUCCCUAUUUUCGUAACAGUCGGUAGAAGAUUUAUUGCAACAGUGUAUGCAGAAACUGGCUCCAGAACGAUAGCAACUUCGCUUUCAUCGAUUCCAAUUAAUCAUCAUACAAUUGAGAAUUAUUAAGAACAAUUGAACAUCACAGUCCGUGUACUUUGGACCUUAGAAGCCGAUUGUAUUGAAGGAAGGCAAACCCAGUGUGUAAAUCCUAAAAAUACAAUGGCGUUCCUAUCGGUGCGAUUAGCGGCCAUAGCGACAGUGAGGAACGCUAACCAAAACAUUGGCUACAAUGUCCAAAAGAUCAGUUCGGACCUGUUGGACCGGCAAAUUGGCUCUCUCGCACGGUUUAGUAGCGUGGCCAACAAACAUAGGCACAACACACAUCCGAGCAGAUUGCUGCUGAGUGCUACCGCAGUUUCUCAUCAACACGUCAACAUGGCGGUGCCCAGUCGGAGUCUCACGAUACAGGAAAUCUCUCGAUGCCUUCAGAUGUACUCCGAGGAUCGGAGGAACGUUGAGAAGAACCCGAAAACGCUUCAACUGAAAGCCGGCUGCGCUAAGCCGACGGUGUUGAUGUUCGCAUGGCUCAACGCAAAGCAAAAACAUCUGUCGAAAUACGCCAAAUUGUACACUGAUCAGGGCUUCGAUGUUGUCGUGGCUCAUCUCACUCCCUGGCAGUUGCUGUGGCCAGUUAAGGGCAGUCAGCUCGUGGCCGCCAACAUCGUGAAGUUCAUAAAGAAUAACGAUUUUAAAAAUGGACUCAUCAUCCAUGGAUUCUCGGCUGGCGCUUAUCUGUGGGGCGAAUGUUUAGUGCACAUUGCCCGAGAUCUCCAGAAUUACCAGACGGUGUUGGAUCGUGUGAAAGGCCAAGUUUGGGACAGCGCUGCUGACAUCACGGAAGUGCCUGUGGGUGUACCCAGGGCCAUGUUUCCCAAAAAUCCCAAACUACAGAAUGCAUUGCGAAAAUACAUGAUAUAUCACAUGAAAACCUUCCACGAAUCUGCCACGUCCCAUUACAUCCGGUCAAGCCAGAUGUUCCACACUAAUUUGCUGAGGUGCGCAGCUCUUUUCCUGGUGUCUAAAACUGACCCCGUCGGCACGGAGGUGGCGAAUGGUCGCGUACGAGACAGUUGGGAAAGCAACGGAGUAAAGUGCACCUUCAAAUGCUGGGAUAAUUCACCUCACGUGGGCCAUUACCUGAAGCAUAAGGAUGAGUAUGUAGAUCUCUUGUUUACACACCUACGACAACUUGAUCUGGGCGGCAUCAAACAGACGUUGCGUGCGAAGGUGUAACGUGCUCAACCAUGUGAUAUUUAAAAACAAUAUAUGAAAAUAUAAUCGAACGAUACAGUAGAGUCCCGAUUAUCCGCAAUAUGGUGGCAAAGUCAUCAUGAGGUGCAAAUACGAAAAAGAUAUUGCAGCUUGAAAACUAUGCAUGCAAAUUAAGUCGUGUACACAAUAGACAAAUUCCGGGUAGGCCUACAGAAUCACGAUGUGCAAUGAAACCGUCAGGACAAUCCGCACCGCGGAUCAACCUCUCGCAGGUAAUCGGUGCUUUACUGUAGUUGGUAAAUCUAAGUUUGAUGAUCUGUUUGCGACUAGAAAAGUAUUAGACACCUACUUUGGAGAAUAUAAUUUUAUUUUGGAACUCGAAUAAAAUGUCCAGAAGGUUUGGGAAAGCCUGGAUAUUGUGAAUGAUUGAAACAAACGGUUAUAUUGUAUUCAUACUUAGCACGUUUGUUUGUAAUUAUGUAUUGAGAAAAAUUGGCCAAGGAAAUAAAAUAUAUGCCUAUCUUGAAUAAAAGGAUCAUUUUUA